GCGGCCUUUGGCCCCGGCCGGGCACAGCCGGAGCUCCGAGCUCCGCCCCGCUSCUGCGGGACCCGGCGCUGAUCGCACACGGGCGGGCGGUGCGGUCCUUCCCGGCCCCUGCUCGGCGCAGCGAGCGGCUUCCCACUUAAUGCAAAAUGGCAGCAAUUGGAGCAGUGUCCUGCUUCUGUCUCCGUCCUGGUGUGUGGCUGCUGAAACCAGGAAUGCAGAAGAUGAGUUCCUUUGGCUUACACACAGCAGCCAGGUGUGCUGCCAAGAGUUAUUAUGAAGUACUUGUGUUGGGUGGAGGUGCUGGUGGAAUCUCCAUGAGUGCUCGGAUGAAGAGGAAAGUGGGAGCAGGAAACGUGGCUGUUGUUGAGCCAAGUGAGACUCAUUACUAUCAGCCUCUGUGGACUCUGGUUGGCGCUGGUGCAAAGCAGCUGGAAGCUUCUGCACGUCCAAUGAAAAGCGUAAUGCCUCAAGGUGUUGACUGGAUCAAAUCUCAAGUUACAGCAUUGGAUCCAGAAAAAAACUGUGUCUGGCUGGACAAUGAUACCAAGAUGUCUUACAAGUAUCUGAUAAUUGCCCUUGGAAUUAGUCUGCAUUAUGAGAAGAUCAAAGGCUUGCCUGAAGGUUUUAAUUACCCUAAAAUAGGUUCCAAUUAUUCAGUUCAGACAGUAGAGAAAACAUGGAAAGCUUUACAAGAUUUUCAGGAAGGAAAUGCUAUCUUCACUUUUCCAAAUACUCCAGUGAAGUGUGCAGGGGCUCCUCAGAAGAUCAUGUAUUUGUCGGAUGCRUACUUGAGAAAAACAGGAAAACGUKCCAAAGCAAACAUCAUGUUCAACACUUCACUUGGUGUGAUUUUUGGUGUUAAAAAAUAUGCUGAUGCAUUGCUUGAAAUAAUAAAGGACAGGAAUCUUACUGUUAACUAUAAGCGCAAUCUCAUAGAAGUUCGAGCAGACAAGCAAGAAGCUGUGUUUGAAAACUUGGACACACCUGGAGCGACUGAAGUUUAUCAGUAUGAAAUGCUUCAUGUCACACCCCCAAUGGGGCCACCUGCUGUACUCAUCAACAGUCCUGUCUCAGAUGAAAACGGCUGGGUGGAUGUAGAUAAGGAGACUCUACAACAUAAAAAGUAUCGUAAUGUGUUUGGUAUUGGAGACUGCACCAACCUUCCAACAUCAAAAACUGCUGCAGCUGUAGCUGCACAGUCUGGAGUCCUUGAUAAAACUAUUUCUCUGGUAAUGAAGAACGAGAUGCCAGUUAAAAAGUACGAUGGAUACACUUCCUGCCCACUAGUAACRGGCUACGACAAGGUGAUUCUAGCAGAGUUUGACUACAAUGCUCAGCCUUUGGAGACCUUUCCCAUYGACCAGGGUAAGGAGAGAACGACCAUGUACCAUAUGAAAGCUGAUCUGAUGCCUCUGCUCUACUGGAAUGGACUGCUCAAGGGCUACUGGGGAGGACCAGCUCCYUUCAGGAAGCUAAUGCAUCUGAGCUUGAAGUAACUGCACUGGUUCUCAGUGUUGGUUAAAACCUUCCAAAGAAAUGGACUGGCCUCACACUGGAUCAAUACAUAUCUUCUCUUAGAAUACCUGGCAGACUUUUUUUUUCUUUUUUUUACAUCAAGAUUUUGUCACAAAUUCACUUUUCUUCCUACUAUGGAUUAAGCCUUCAUAAUGCUCUUUCCUUGCUCUUUUAGGUAAACUGAGGCCUUAAACUACUUCUGUAUUUACACAGGAGUCUUAACUGGCCUUACCCUACAGAUUACUACAGGAAUUUCUAGAGCAAUUWGUACUUUUAAAACUUGUUGUAUAUGUCAUUCCUGACCCUGAACUGAAUUAUCUGCAUCUAAGAUCAAUAUAUGCACUGGAUUUAACAGUGAUUGAUGCUAGUAAAAGGGCCUGAAAGUCUCCAAUUGUUCUCUUAUUUUUGAAGAACAUGAAUCCUACUUUCUAAGUAUACCUGCAGCCUGAUUAUUAUAGGAAAACAUGCAGAGUUUUGAAAGGAAAAAAAAAGGUCAAAGCAGUGUCUGUGUAUAUGGAUACACACAGUCUCUGAGGGUAGUUGUGCCACUUCACAUGAAUUCCACUAUAAUGUUUUAAGCUGUGACACUAAG